AUGACCCACAUAGAGCUAACACAUAAAGAUCGGGCAUUUGCUGCUACGGCUGGAAUAUCUGGAACACCUCGUACUACUCCACCUGCUACACCACCACGAAGUAGUAGUGACGUGGAUCUGCGUUCCAAUGAAGGACUUUCAUUACCACGAUCAGCAUAUUUGAUCAUAUUUGUUGAAGGAUGUGAACGUUUUUGUUAUUAUGGUCUUAAAACAGUUUUGCUUCUUUAUUUCAUGCAUUUUAUUCACUUAAAUAAAGAUUCGGCAACAUCAGGUUAUCAUUUAUUUUCAUUUGCAUGUUAUUUUACACCAACUAUUGGAGCUAUUAUAUCGGAUGGUUUUAUUGGUCGUUAUUGGACUAUUGUCAUUUUAUCACUUGUUUAUUUUAUUGGAACAGUGGUUUUAACAGUAACAGCAGUACCAGCUAUUGGUGGCAAAGAAUUAUUUGGACCAGCAAUCGGUUUAGCAUUAAUUUCUUUCGGAACAGGUGGUAUUAAACCGUGUGUUAGUGCUUUUGGAGCCGAUCAAAUAUCACUGACCAAUCCGAGAAGAUUAAGUCGAUUUUUUGCUUUCUUCUACUUUGCAAUUAAUUCUGGUUCAUUACUUUCGACUAUAAUAACACCAAUACUUCGAAGUCAAGUUCAUUGCUUUGGUUAUGACUGUUAUACAUUAGCUUUUGGUGUUCCAUCAUUAUUAAUGUUAAUAGCUAUUAUAAUAUUUAUUGCGGGUACAUCAUUAUAUAAACGUGUUCCACCAAAAGAAAAUAUAAUUGUUAGAUUUAUAGCUGUUAUUUUGCGAGCAAUACGAAAUGCAAUAUGUCGCUCAUCAUCAGGACCAAAAGAACACUGGAUCUAUUAUGCUGACGAUAAAUAUAGUACUCAGGAUAUGGACGAUGUUCGUUCUGUUCUUAGUGUUUGUCUUUUAUUUACUCCAAUUCCAGUUUUUCAUGCUUUAUUUAAUCAAUCAGGUUCACGUUGGACAUAUCAAGCAUCAUUAAUGAAUGGAAGUCUUGGCCCAUUAGGUACAAUACAACCUGAUCAAAUGCAAGCAUUAAAUAGUUUAUUCGUACUUCUAUUCAUUCCACUUUUUGAAGAAGUUAUUUAUCCAGCAUGUGCUCGUUGUAAUUUUUUAAUAAGACCUUUACAACGAAUGUUUCUUGGAAUGAUUGUUAUGGUGUUUGCUUUCAUUGCUGCAGGCAUUAUUCAAAUAGCCAUUCAAUCAAAAGCAAAUGCAAUUCCAGUUCGUUUUCAUACACAAAUAUUUAAUAAUUAUGAUUGUGCAAUAAAUAUUAAUUCUAAUUAUUCACUCGAACCGAAAAAAGCAAGUUCUAUUAUUUUUGAAUUUCCAUGUAAACGAUUACUUAAAGAAGGCUUAUCAGUAAGUUCAACAUGUAAUCAAGCUAAUGUUGGUUAUAAAUUAUUCACUGAUGAACUUUGUCCAUCACUUUUAAUUAUAUCAGAAAUUGAUGAUGAAGCUCGUGGAAAAACAAUGGCAACAAUACCAUUAGGAAACUCCAUAACAGAGCAACGUGGUGUUAAAGAAUUUGCUCUAUUACGUGUGGUUUCAUUGGAUGGUAAACAAACAGUUGUAACAACAUUACCAAAUGAAUAUAGAUAUGAUAUUAAAAAGAAAUUAUUUCCAACAGAUUAUAAAACUGUUCUUUCAGCAAGAUAUCAUAUUGUGAAUCAGGCUAAUGGACAAAAAUCAGCGGAAACAUUUGAAACUUUGACAACAGGGGUUUAUACCGUACUUAUUUAUAAUACAGAAGAUUCGAAGUUACAUGUUGUUCUUAUUGAAGAUGUACCACCAUUUACAGUACAUAUUUUAUGGCAAACAAUUCAAUAUAUUUUAAUGACUGCUGCUGAAAUGCUUGUUAGUAUAACAGGUCUUAUAUUUGCAUAUUCUCAAGCACCAAAACGUUAUAAAUCAGUAAUUAUGUCAGCAUGGUUAUUAACAACAGCUUUUGGUGAUCUUAUUGUAGUUCUAGUUGCUGAAGUUCGAUUAGUCAAAGAUCAAGCUGGUGAAUUUUUUCUAUUUGCUGGUUUAAUGGCUUGUGCAGCGCUUGUGUUUGGUGCACUUGGUUUACGUUAUAAAGAAAUCAAACCAACUGAUGAUGAUUCCGAAGAUCAACAAUUAAUUAUUGACAAAACAGCUCCUGAACCUGAAGAUGUUAUUCCAUUAUCAAAUUAA